AUGCUUGGAAGAUCAAUGUUAAGAAAAUCAAAGUUAUUGUUUCCAACACAAAGGAAUUCAAUUUCGAGGCGUUUCCAACAUUCUGUUAUUGGAAUUGAUCUAGGAACUACGAAUUCUGCAGUUGCAAUCGUAGAAGGGAAUGAACCAAGAAUAUUGGAAAAUGAAGAAGGUGGCAGAACAACACCAUCAAUUGUUGCUUUUUCAGAUACUGAUACCUUAGUUGGAUUACCGGCUAAAAGACAAAGUGCAAUAAAUUCCCAAAAUACUUUCUUUGCUACGAAAAGGUUAAUCGGAAGAAAAUUUCAAGACGACGAAGUUCAAAGGGAUCUUGCAAAUACUCCUUAUAAGAUCGUACCACAUGAAAAUGGUGAUGCGUGGGUAGCUACAUCUAGCGGUAGGAAAAUUUCUCCCUCACAAAUAAGUGGAUACAUUCUUAAAAAAAUGAAAGAAAUUGCGGAAUCACAUUUGCAUGAUGAUAAGAAAUCAAUUAAACAUGCGGUUGUGACAGUUCCAGCAUAUUUCAAUGAUUCUCAGAGACAGGCCACUAAAAGUGCCGGAAAGAUUGUUGGUUUAGACAUUUUGAGGGUAAUUAAUGAACCAACAGCUGCAGCAUUAGCUUAUGGUAUCGAUCAAAAGCAAAAAGAUGGAGUUGUAGCUGUUUUUGAUUUAGGUGGAGGAACAUUUGAUAUCUCAAUUUUAGAUAUUGAAGAUGGUGUAUUUGAGGUGAGAGCAACGAACGGUAAUACUCAUUUGGGUGGAGAGGAUUUUGACAUUUUGUUAUUACAUCAUAUAUUAGAUACGUUCAAAAGGGAGAAUAACGGGUUGGAUAUACUGAAAGAUACCAUUGCAGUUCAGAGAGCCCGUGAAGCGGCCGAAAAAUGCAAAAUUGAGCUUUCCCAUGUCAAGGAGACCGAAAUUAAUAUUCCAUUCAUAACAUCGGACAAGCAUAUCAAAAUGAAACUAACUGAAGAUGAAUUGGACGAAAUGUCAUUGCAUUUGAUUAAUAAAACAAUUGACCCUGUAAAGAGAUGUAUUAGAGAUGCAGAUUUGAAGAUUAAAGAUAUUGAUGAAGUUAUUUUAGUUGGAGGAAUGACAAGGAUGCCAAAAAUCAGGAAGACUGUUGAAUCUCUUUUUAACAAGAAGCCAACUACUUCUGUUAAUCCAGAUGAAGCUGUAGCUCUAGGAGCGGCAAUUCAAGGUGCUGUAUUAUCAGGUCAAAUUAAAAAUGUUGUCUUACUAGAUGUUACUCCGUUGUCAUUAGGUAUUGAAACGUAUGGUGGAAUAUUUAGCCCUUUGAUUGCAAGAAAUUCAGCAGUACCUGUAAAAAAAGAGCAAAUAUUUUCUACUGCAGUUGACGGUCAGACUGGGGUUGAAAUCAGAGUUUACCAAGGUGAAAGAACUUUAGUGAAGGAUAAUAAAUUAAUCGGUAAAUUUAAACUAUCGAAUAUUCCUAUAGGACCUAAAGGUACUCCACAAAUAGCAGUCUCUUUUGAAAUUGAUGCUGAUGGGAUUAUCAAUGUUUCGGCUACAGAUAAAACUCCAUACCCCGAAGAUCUGGAACAUUAUAAUAAAAAGAAUACAGUCUCUAUUCAAGUUUCGGCCGAAACCGGAUUAUCAGAAGAAGAAAUAAACGAGAUGAUAUUAGAUAGUAAUAGAUAUUCUAAGAGUGAUGAAGAAACUAAGAAACAAGUGGAAAAUGCAACGAGAGCAGAUAUAAUAUGCUCCGAUACAGAGAAUGCAUUGAUUCAAUUCGGCGAUUUCAUGGAAGAAGAUGAAAAGCAAAUUAUUAAUGAAAUGGUUAACAAAUUGAGAGUUAAGAUUAACGAUGUUAGAGAAUAUAGAAAGAUGCACAAUCCUCAAGAAAUACGCGAUGAAGUCAAUGAAAUACAAAAAAUAUGCCUUGAGGCCAUUAAGAAAGUUGCCGUCAAGCAACAGGCUGAGCAACAAAAAAAAAUAACCAAAUAA